CGAUUUGUACAUAGGCGAUAGUCGAUCGCAAGGAAGAGGAACUAACGGAAACAUGGAUCCUGUAAAAGACGAGUUGAGUGAAGUUGAGAAGGAUAUUUUUGAGAAAAUUGCUAAUAAUGAUGUAAAUGGGCUGAAAAAUGCCCUUCUACAACAGAAGAUGAAGGUAGAUAUCUACGAUGAAAACGGCAUGACACCAUUGCAGCAUGCAGCCUACAAGGGGAAUAAGGAAAUUGUACAGAUGCUGUUAGAUCAAGGUGCAGAUGUUAAUUCAGGAAAUCAUGAAUUUGGAUACACAGCAUUACAUCUUUGUGUACUUUCCGGAAAUGCCGAGUUGUGUCAUCUUUUACUUAUGGCUGGUGCUAAAAGUCAGACAACCAAUUCGGUUGGACGCACUGCUUCUCAGAUGGCAGCUUUUGUUGGAAACCAUGCUUGUGUUGCAGUAAUCAACAACCAUGUUCCAAAAUCAGACAUUGAUUACUAUACAAUACCACAGGGUCUGGAGACGGAGCCAAAGCUUCCACCAAUACUUGCUGUUCCUUUUCAUAAGUUUGUAAUGCAGGUGAAUGUACAUCCUGUUCGAGUAGCCCUUAAUCUUCAGAAGGCUCCAUUAUUGGUAGAGAAUUUGGGCAAAGUACAGAAAGUACUAGAAUUGAUGAGUGAGCGGGAAAUGAAACGAGGCAUAGAAACAAAUGAGGUAAUGGCCUUCAAAUUUCACUAUCUGGCAUUUAUAGCGGCAGAAGUGGCGCGCUGCCGGAGCAGACAGCUGGCUGCUCAGCAGGAGAAGCACAAAGACGGUGGAUACGAGAAAAAGGAGGGGGAAGAAAGGCGGUCAGAUCCGGUAGAGCUGUUCGCUAGGAAGAUGCUUAAAUGUGGGCGCAGUGGAGAUGGGAACACACCAGAAUUCCAAGAGAGCUUCUUGCGAGAGUGUGUGAGGGAGUUCCCGUACCGUGAAUGUACCGUGUUCAGGCAGAUGGUAAUGAGUCUGGCACAGCAGGAUUCACCUCAAGCCCUGAGUAUUAUUGCUGCCGCUAUAAAUGGGCAGAGAGGUUUUGCUGAUACCUCCACUUCAUUUUGUUCGACUUGUGGGGAGGAAGGAGCACCCAAGAAGUGCUCAAAGUGCAAGGCGGUGCAGUACUGUGAUCGAGAGUGCCAGCGUCUACACUGGUUCAUGCACAAGAAGGCGUGUGCUCGGCUGUCGCAAGCGCCUAACAAGACUCUCUCGCUACCGACGUCCAAAAUGGAAAACCUGAAGGUCAACUGAAAUCAAAAUGUUGCGAAGAACUUAAAUCUUCGUUACUUUAGAAUUUGAAAAUGUAAAUGUUUUUAAAUGUCACUUUAUUUUUGUCGAUGAUUGUAAAUGGUUUCUAGCCAAAGUGUGGGGCAUAGUGUCCAGAAAUCAGUUAGGCAGAUCAAGUUCUUAAAGUAAAUAUGUGAGAAUAUUUCCCAAUGAAGCACAUCUUUGUUUUCUGAUAAGAUGCCCGUAACACUUUUGCUCGACUACCGCUCGUUAACCCAUCUUAAUUCCUCGUAACUUCUGACGUUCUCUGUAAAGCCCAGCAUGUGUGCCUAAGCAAGAGAAAUAGUACUUACCAAUUUUCUUCAGUAUAUUCCAUUGUAUGUUCUUUAUAUUUACUCUGGGAUGGUUUAUCAACUUUUAGUUCGACAUUGUCAUUGUCAAUGUGAGUUUAGUUGUGGUUCGUAUGUCUAAGGCAAAACACUGUGUGUUGUAACAUCUGCAUGUAAUAGGGCAGUAAAAUUAUGUGAGAUCA